CAUGCGCGCCGAUGCGCUCCCAUUGUGCUCCCUCACCAUCGGCCCGCUAGCACACAUGCACACACAUGCACUUUUCAUUCAUCACAGCGUACAUUUCCACGCAAUGCCACUAGAUUAUCAGUUGGACCUGUAGUCGCAUGUGCGUUCGAACAAGGACCCCUGGUCUAUUACAAGAUACCGUACGCUUCAAACUAGCAGACGGGCAUACAUCACACUAUUAAAUCUUUAAAUAAAUAAACCAUCGGUACUUAGUGCGUCACAAGUGCUUUCAAAUCGUUCAUAAUUAUCGUUUUAAGUGCCUCCAUGCCCUUUGUUGAUAUAAUAGUAAAGUUUUUAGACACUAGAGUGCUUAUAUAGUUUUUUUAGUGUCAUUACAAUAAGUACAACUGUCAUUGUUUGGACAAGAUACAGUGUUUUUCUUUUCCGGGGAGCUGAUACAUCAUCAACAAUGUUAUAAAGUGAUGGGGGUGGUGUCGCUAGAGCGGUCUAGUGGCGCGGUGCGGGCGCGCGGCGGCGCUCCGGGCGUGCGGGCGGGCGGGUGCGCGGGCGCGUAGGGCGGCGCGGUGGCGGGUGCGCGCGCGGCGGGUGCGGCGGCGCAUGCACGCCACCGGCCACACGGACCGCUCGGGCGGCGGCGGCGGCGGCGGCUCCUGGCGCCUCCCGCCCGACGAGACGCUGCAGGUCGCCGACCCCAAGUCUGCCAAGGAAGACGUGAGUGACAUUGCUCUAGCGAAGCCAUCCAGUGCCAAUGAUCUCUACCCGGGAGAUGGGCACAACUGGAGAAGCAUCAUAUUUUCGCUGAUGGUCAUCAGUUUUGUGAUAGCUGGCAUAGUUACAGCCAUUUAUUUACUGGGAUAUGUGGACGAGUUGCUCUACUGGUCGGGUCGUCGCAUGCGCCUGGACGAGUUCCUGCGCGGCGACCUGACCGGCGAGCGGCUGCCGACCACGUGGGUCAGCUCGCACCAGCUCGUGUACCAGGCGGACGACGGCGGGCUGCUGGCUCUCGACACCUUCAACAACACCCUCACUGUACUCGUUACCAACCACACUCUAAGGCAGCUCAAUGUACGCGGUUACCAGUGCUCGCCGAAUCUACGCUUUGUGCUGUUCCAACACAAUAUCAAGGAGGUUUAUCGACGGACUUUCACAGCGCACUACACAGUUUAUGACGUCACAAAUGACCACCACAUCCCGCUGUUCGGCGAAGGUCAGAGCAGCUGGGAGUGGCAGCACGCGGCGUGGCUCGGCACCGAGGGCGCGCUCAUCCUGGUCGCAGACAACGAGGUGCUGGCCAGGCCGGCGCCGCCCGCUCGCCGAGCGCCCCUUCUGCGGCUCACCACCGACGCAAGCCCGGGCCGCGUGUACAAUGGCGUAUCCGAUUGGUUGUACCAAGAGGAGGUGACAAAAACCUCAUCAGCGACUUGGGGUUCAAAAGACGGCACAUUCGUGAUGUACGUGCAGUACGACGACAGCAAGGUGUCGGAGCUGAUGUUCCCCCACAUAUCCAACGGCAUCGGCGGCGCUGGUGCCACCAGAUCGGGCUUCCUGCUUCCUACUCUUAACAGUAGUCUGCCAUCAGUCUUCCCUGACCACGUUUCUGUUAGGUAUCCAACGCCUGGCAGUUCUAUACCACAAGCGAAGUUAUCGAUUGUGGCGGUCCAGAAUGUCACUUCGCCUCCAAGAUGGGAAGUCAAGCCUCCUAGUACGUUAGAUGGAAUGGAAUAUUAUCUCAUAUCAGCCCAAUGGGUGGGCAAAGAAAAUUCUCACAUAGGAGUGGUUUGGAUGAAUCGGGCGCAGAAUCUCACUGUGUACAGUAGCUGUUACGCACCUAAUUGGACGUGUACGGAGACGCAUUCAGAAAAAGCUACCGACGAACCCUGGUUGGAAGUCCAUGAACAGCCCGUCUAUUCGGAAGAUGGCAGCGCCUUUCUACUUUUAGCGGCAGUACAAGAGGGUGGCGGCCAAUACUAUACACAUAUUAAACAUGUCGAUGUGUUGCGACAACGUAUGGCUGUCUUAUCUCAUGGGAAAGUGGAAGUCGCCAAAAUCCUGGCGUGGGACCAGGAAAAUCACUUAGUAUAUUAUUUAGGUGUUGACGUCGAAAAGUUUUACCCUCAUAAUUUUGGACCUGCUAAUAUAACCACGGAGGCUAAUCAAAGUAGUGCUGAAAGACCAGGACAAAGACAAGUCUAUGUGGUCCGGGAUCCAAACUACGGUGGGGGGAGUAACUCCGUCAGAGCGCGCGCCGAACGCGAAGAGCCGCGUUGCCUAACCUGCGAGCUGGCACUUUGGCCCGCGCGUUUGCACUACGCGAAUUGCACUUUCUGGAGCGCCACUUUUUCUCCUGCGAGGCCGAAGCUUGGGAUAACCCAUUAUGUUCUGGAAUGUGGAGGCCCCGGGCCUCCACUCGCCGGACUUCAUGACGCUAGAACACAUAAGUUAGAAAGAAUAUUAUACGAUACGAGGCCUUAUAGAUCAGUACGAUUACGUGAGUUGGCAUUGCCUAGUCGUAGAUCAUUUGAUGUGAAGCUGAGUAGCGGGUCGAAAGCUCGAGUUCAGCUUUUUCUGCCCCCCUCAUGGCGGGAGGAACUGCGCGAUGCUGCCUUCCCAGUCCUCGUUCAAGUGGAUGGACGACCCGGCAGUCAGCAAGUAACCGACGAGUUUCUCCUAGACUGGGGGACGUACAUGUCUUCACGUAAUGACGUAGUUUACGUAAAAUUAGACGUAGCAGGCGCGAGAGGUCUCCCGCGCGCGCUCCUACGCGGUCGCCUCGGCGGAGUCGAGGUGGCUGACCAAUUGGCUGUUAUUAGAUAUUUAUUAGACACAUUCAAAUUUUUGGACGUGACACGGGUCGCGGUGUGGGGUUGGGGUUACGGCGGCUACGUGACGGCGAUGCUUCUAGGAUCGCAGCAGGACACGUUGAAGUGUGGAAUCGCCGUGUCGCCGAUAACAGACUGGUUGUAUUAUAAUGUAGCAUUCACGGAGCGCAUCCUCGGUCAGCCUUCUGUGAACUACAAGGGCUACGUGGAGGCGGACGCGUCGCAGCGCGCUCACCACGUGCCGCGGCACGCGCUGUACCUCAUACACGGCAUGGCCGACAUGAGUGCGCCCUACCCGCAUGCUCUACAACUAGCCCGAGCGCUUACCGACGCCGGCGUGCUUUUUCGUUAUCAGGCUUACGCUGACGAAGGGCACGACUUGAAGGGCGUUAUCGAACACGUAUACCGAUCAAUGGAAGAUUAUCUCCGAGAGUGCCUAUCUCUUGACCCUGAAGACACCAAGCUGCCUCCGCCAGAUAGAUAAAAUUAUAUAUUUAGCAAAAAGUGUCAGAUAAAACAUUCUAUCAUUUUUAGAAUACGUAAUAGGUUUGUUAUUAUAAUAAUUAUUGUGUAAAUAUGUAAAUGAAAUAGUGAUUUAAAAUUAUGGUGUUCUUCAUAUUAAGUUUAGUUUAAAUAUGCCUUCCGUUGAAGAUGCUAGAUAGAUGAAAUAAAAUGAUGACGUGUGUAGUUUUAAGUAUAAGACAGUGGUAUUGUAAAUAAAUAUAAGUACCUUAUUACCUAAAGGAGAUGUCAUAAUAUCUGUACAUUGGAUGGAUAAUUUUUUCUUAGUUAUAGAUUUGUUUUAAGUAUUUGUUUGCUUUAAGUCCGGAUUUUGUACCUACCUAUACAUAAUAGGCAAGACGUGAGACUGCAUGAACUGUACAGAAUGUCCUUAAAUUGAACUCAUAUUAGGUCAUUACAAAGGGUUGUACGUUUUGCUAUCUGCUAGUAUACAUUAUAAUAUAUUUAGUACCUUAAUAUUAAUCAUCUUAUGAUUAUUAUAACAAAAGGUUUAACUUUGUUAAAAAAUUGCUAUUCAAAAUAUAAUAAAUAGAUACUUCGUAGGUUAUAAUAGAUACAGAAAAAAUCUGACUACUUAAGUAAUUUUUUAAACGAAAUCGUUGUUAGUACUUAUCUAUAAAAUGCAGCUUGUGCAACCUUCGCCUUUAUGACGUCUUUACUAAAUUUCACCUAUAAGACUAUAUAAAUUAUUACUUACUAAAUCAGCUUAUUCACUAUUCUAUGUUAAAUUUCUCAUCCGAUGGCACAGCACACUCACAUAUGUAUAAAUCUAUUUUUAAUUUUUAUAUUUUUUAUCCAACAACAGCAACGGCAAACUUCUUUUACACCUAUUGAUUUUCUGCUUAGAUCCCUGGUUUCAGAUAGGUACCUAGUAGAUAUUCCUACGUCGUUAUUAAAAGCACAUACCUAACUAUCAGAAAAAAUUUAACAUAGAAUGAAGAAGAAUUUAAUAUACCUACAGCUGUUAUGUAAUCUGGUAUAUUUAUUGAAUCUAAAAAUUCAUCGAUGUUGUUCAUCGAUACCAAUUCAGUUAUAAGUAGGCACAACUCUUUAACUAUAGAUAUAAAGAGAGAUACAGCGCGUGCCAGACCUUUAUUAUUUUAUAAAAGGUGAAAGUUUCUCUGCGUAUUGUCCCCAGCACAGGGAGGAACGAUCAGCGGCUUUGAAGUUUGGGUCAUGGUGGCUUUGAGAGAUAACAGGUAUUAAAUUGUAGAAAUCUUACGUCAAAAUAUAAAGUCUAUUCUAUAUAUUUUUUCGGAAAAUUAUUUAGGUAUUAGAAAUCACGUCAGGCAUUGCCAGACACUGUGUCGUGGCAACCCCCUGCCUGACGUUCUUAAAGUUUAAAAGUUUUAGGGUAGCAAGGGGUUUCCACGAUACUAAGUGUCUGGCAAUGCACGAGGUGAUUUCUAAUACACACCUACUAUUCCGAAGAAAAUAUUUAAAAAAAUGACUUUAUACUUUGACGUAAGAUUUUUCCGCCUUUUGUUACCUGUUAUCUCCCAAAGCCACCAUUAUCUAAACUUCAUAGUAGCUGAUCGUUCCUGUGUUAGGGACAAUACGGAGAGAAACUUUCAGCUUUUAUAAAAUAAUGAAGGUCUGGCACGCGCUGGCUCUUAGUCCAAUAUAGAGCAAAUUGAUAAGACUAAUACAAUGAAGCAUUUUGAAGAGGAUGCCGCCCUAUAAUAAAUCCUGAAAAGCAUAUUAGGUACUCUAUGACAUAAUAACAACAUAAUGUGAUCGUAAUAUUCAUAGCAAUACGAGCUUUACUUCCUAGGCUUUACUGUAACCUGUAGCUCUUUCUACUUCCACCUUUAUAAAUGAAGUGUAACCGUUACAUUACCAUUAAUAUACAUUUAAAGCUUAGGUCAGACUGAUGCGAAAUAUGCGCGCGAUGUGGGAAGCUAUUACGUGGAUAGCGAAAUGAACUUGUAGGUAUAACAUAUCUACCUAGAUACCCAACUGGUGCAGUGUAGUCGCAUAUUCGCGUCCCACAUCCCGCACGAUUUUCGCCUUAGUUUGACGCGAGCUUACGAAUAUUUUUUUCUUUUUGUAAUAUACCUACCUUAUUUAUAAAAUACUUAGAUAUACGUUUGAAAAAAAUAAUGAGGAGCUUAUCGUUUAGGGAAUCUAUUAGGCCUUUUACAAUACGCAGUUUUCUUUGAACAUAAAUCACGGAUUUUUAAAGUUACUUUUUAUACCGCUUAGUCACUGUUACAAAUGUAUUAAAUAACUAAAUUAACCUAACAUUAGUUAUAUGUGUAAUCGAAAGUUUCAUAUUGUAAUUUUUAGAAAUGAAGUGACCUUGAUCAUCCCCUGACCCUCUGCUGCUUUUGCUCCAUCGAUUCAUCUCAGAUCUUUCUUAUUGAUUUAUGUUUCUUCACUCACGGACGUAUUGCGGCGUCAAAGCUCGUGACGUGAAAGACGCGAAACUUCGCGCCGCGAGGUUUUGCGCAUAGUGAAGUUGUUACAUAAAUGCCAACAUCUCAAUAUUGUUAUCAGAACAAAGUUUAUAUCGCAUUUUAGUAGUAGGUAAAGUGUGAAUGUGAAUAGGUAAACCUGAAAUCGCUCCCUAUACACAAAAUCAUAAAAUUAUUGCUAAGAGGUAAGAGGUAUCGAAGACGAUCUUUAAUGUCAAUCCGAUUAAUAAGUACCUCUCGAGCAAAAAUUUAUGCAGAAUGCAGGGCAUUACACUUUAAUGUAGACAUAACUACAGUAUUUACUCGAAAAUCGGGGUCAAUAAUAAUCCAACUUUACGCAAAUACUAAGUAUCUUAUUUUGACGUAGAGAAGGAUAUACCAAACAGCACACACUAGCAAAGAUCCUGGUGUACUGUCCGUUAUGCCAGGUCCUUUCUUACACGCACAUGCAAACUGUGGAAUCAACUCCCAUUGGCGGUUUUUCCAUUAGAUAAUGACAUGGGGUUAUUCAAGGGACGGACCAACAAGUUCCUUAAAGGCCAACAACGCAUCGGUGGUACCUCUGGUGCUGCAAAUGUUCAUGGGCGGCGGUAAUCACUUAACAUCAGGGGACCCGCCUGCACGUUUGCUCGUUAUUUUUAUUUAAAAAAGUCAGGCUAGUCGGCGUAAGUCGGCAGCAACUUCUCACUGUUUAAAGUUGGUCGUUGACGGAUAAAAAUCGGUGUUUGACAUUAAUUAAAAGCAUCUAGGUACCACAAAUUAGCAUUUUUCAUUUUUAAACUAGGUAAUGUAAACCCAGAAUUUUUUUAAGUCUUGAAGGUAUAUAUAUACCUAGUCGUAACUACCCCGUAAGUAACUUUAACGCUAUAUAUAGACCUCAACAAUACUGCGUAAAUAAAUAAUCGUAACCAAUAAGCAUGUACAAAGUAGAUUAAAGGAGCUAGAAAUCGCCUUCUCGUUAUAGGCAAUUAAAAGACGGUGUGAAUGUGUGUUUCCAUUAUCUACUAACCGAGAACGAUAUGAAAUAUACGUUACAUGAUUCAAAAUAACAGGACCUACUAAUUUGUUCGAAACUUCCCGCUGUGUUUUCUAAGAUUUGCCUCGAAACAAGCACACGCAAUCAGCAACACUGUGUAUAAUUA